ACAGCAUAUUUGCCGCACAGCAUAGCGCCAUCACGGCGACAGGAUGUCUUUCGUGGUCGACCAGAUUCGGCGCAUCGACGGGGCGCUCGAUCGGCUGCAGCUCUCGUCCACACGCGCCGGCGAGAGCUUCUCGACGCUGAGUGCUGCCGAGGCCCACGACCCUGAGAAGACAGCGCGUAUCGCCCACCUGCAGAACCUCAUCAAGAGCCUGUCGACUACUGCAAGCUCGAAAUCGUCGCUCGUGCCUGGAGAUCGCAUCCUCGAGACGCUCAAUCGUGCCGACUUCUCCAGCAGCUGCACCACAUGCGCGCAGUGGUUCGCCCAGGAUGACAGCAGCAACGGCACUUCCGGGGACGAUGCGAGCUACGAGCACGAGCUGGAGUGGUUGCUGCUUAGCAAGGCCACCACUCAAGCGUAUGGCGAGGUUCUGAACACCAUUCUCGAACAGACAAUUCCUCUCGAAGACGAUAUCUGGUACUGGGACGACAUCCUCUCGACAUACCGCUUUGCCGGCCUCUAUUCGAUCCAAACAUCGCCGCUCAGGGUCUGGAAUUGGUCGAAGGAGAUAUACCACGAUGUGAGGUCGCGGGGUGGAGAGACGGCAGACGGCUGGAGGCAAUUCUACGGGUUGGUCAAGCAGUCGGUGCAGGAGCGGAGUGUCGCCAACAUACAACGGCGCGUCAUCAGCCCGCUGGCACUCGUGAGGAACGAGGGCAGGAAGAAGCGUGCGGCCCUUAAGAAGAUUCGAUUGGUCAACGCGAACGCGCUCGGCGUACUGCUCGGCGAGGGUCUGAGCAACGAGAACAUCCACGACGAAGGCUUCCACUCACCUCACCCGUUCGGCACACAUGACAACAAGCAUAAAUGGAAGGUUGUGGUCACCAAGAGCAUUGCUCUGAUGGACGCCGUGAUCCAGACGGUCAACACGGCCGAGCUCUCGGUCGAUAAGUUCGACGAGUCUGUUGCUGGUAUCACACACGAGGACCAGUAUUACGAACUCCACGACGCAUCUGCUCACCAAGCUGCGACUGCACUGAAACCAGCAGACGUCGCUGAACGCCUCCGCUAUCUGCUCCAACACGCCCUGCCCACCUACAAAUUACACUUCACCGCAGUUGUCAAAGACAAUGGCCGACCAUCUCUCCUGAUACGAUACUGGCUUCCAGCUACCAUCCUCCUGCUGUCGAGCACUACUCUCCUGCGCAUUGCUGUCCACCGCCAAGAAGAGAUCAAGACAUGGAUCCGUGAGCUUGGCCAGACAGUCAUCGACUUCUGGACAAACUGGGUGGUUGAACCCUCCAAGAAGGUCAUUGGUACGAUCCGCCACGACGCGGACAGCGAGGUGUCGAUCUUGAGCAAGCGCAGCCUGGAGUCUGACCGUGCAAGCCUGGAGCGCAUGGUCGUCGACUUUGCUGUGAAGAACCCUGACGGCGUUGCCCUGAACGAGUCGCAGAUCGCCGACAUCCGAGCCAAGGUCAGAGAGGGCGAUCUCACCACCGUGCUGAAGUCAUACGAGAAGGACAUCCAGAGUCCGGUCAAGGGAGCCAUUGUUGGCAACCUGGCCAGCGCGCUGUUGAUCCAGGUGCAGAAGACCAAGGUCGAUAUCGAGGUUGCGAUGAGUGGUAUUGACAGCAUUCUCAAGAGCCAGGAGCUGCUGUUCGGCUUCAUUGGUCUUACGCCCGGUGUGCUCGUCUCCGUCGGUGUAUACCGAUGGCUGCGGGGCGCGUUCAGCAGCCGCAAGGGCGUCCAGCAAUGGGCCAAGCAGGGCCAGCUGCUGCUGAUCUUGAGGAACAUCGAUCGCAUCCUGACUGCAGCCAGGCCCACGGAGUUCGGCGAGAUGUCGUACCAAGACCACGGCCUGCUGCUCUGCGAGGUGCACCUCCUGCGACAAGCGGCGAGCGGCAUCCUGCCCCGCCGGAUCUUCCACGAGUUCCUGGUGGAGAUUGACGAGCUGGUCGACGUCAGGAGCGGGUUGGAGAAGCAGCAGCGAGUGGUCGAGAGGAUACGCUGGGCGUAUUCGAAAUGGUUUACAUGAACGGGACAUGACAGAACAAAUAGAAUCGCGCCGCGUGCCUGCUGUCGAGUGCACCUGCGUAUAGAGCUAGCAAUUGUACUGUAUCCAGACUCUCAAGUUUCGUGAAAAAUGGCGAAUAAGACCCUCAGCUUACCAACUUUACAGAAUACGUAACUUGUAGCUAUUAUAGAACCUAGAGCUAGACAUUAGUUAAUAAUUGUCUGUGUUGUAGGUAAGUGGGAAGCAUUGUGUAGAGUUGUUGGGUAUUUUCACUACUUUACUAUUGUAUAGUACACUUAGCUUAUAUCCUCAGUCCGCCGUUUAUUCUGCCAGAUUCGCACAUGUCUCAGGUUGCACCAGGGUUGUUACGCGAGUC